AUGUUUCCUUCAGUUUCUGUUACUCCUAGUCUCAUGGAUCAUGAGACAAACCUCAGAGAAAACUAUGUCUCACAGCCAAUGCAUUUGCAAGAAAGCUACUUGAAACCCAACAUGAAAGAUGCGCUUCCUUUUGGGGCUCCUUCAUCACAGGGUUUCUUGCAAGAUUUUCACCAUAUUGAUCAGUUUCAUUUGAAUGGCUCCUCAUCCAAUCAAGUUUUUGGGGUUCAAACUCCAAAUUUUGAUCCUUUUGGUAAUGUAACCUCUGCAGGUGUACAACCAGAAUUGGAAGUUUAUGAGUGCAAGCCUUUUGCUGAGAAUGGUAGUGUGCAUGCUCAUGUUAUGGAUAAUUUCCAAUACGAAGGUUAUGGUUUGAACCUGCCUAGGAGGAAUCAACUUGAUAUGAUGGUUGCAAACCAAAGCUAUUUGCCCAUUAAUCCUCCAGAAACCAAGUCUUUGAGUUUUAUUGUACCAGAUGAAGUCUCAUGCAUAUCCACAGCAAAUUAUUACAAGAGGGUUGGCUUGAACAAAAAUAAUAGGGAAUUUCCAACCACUAGAAGAACAUUCAAAGUUCGGAAGAAGUCCAACAUAGUGAAGGGGCAAUGGACAGUGGAGGAAGAUAGGUUGCUGAUUCAAAUGGUCGAACAAUAUGGAGUGAGGAAGUGGUCUCAUAUCGCUCAAGCUUUGCCUGGAAGAAUAGGGAAACAGUGCAGAGAACGAUGGCAUAACCAUUUAAGGCCUGACAUUAAGAAGGAUAUAUGGACUGAUGAAGAGGACAAGAUACUAAUCCAAGCACAUGCAGAUAUAGGAAAUAAGUGGGCAGAGAUUGCAAAAAGAUUGCCAGGAAGAACUGAAAACUCAAUCAAAAACCAUUGGAAUGCAACCAAGAGAAGGCAAUAUUCCAAAAGAAAAUGUCGCUCAAAGUACCCUAGAGGCUCUCUUCUGCAGGAAUAUAUCAAGAGCUUGAACUUGGACCAAAACCCACCAAUAGACUAUAGAAAAAGAUCUGCUUCUAAUGCUUAUGCUAAUGCUAAUGCCAAGGUAAACAACACUAGCACUAGCACUAGCAAGGCAGCACCAACAGCAACCCAGUCCCAUCAUACUACUGAUCAAUUUUGUCCCAGUGAUCGCUUGGUGCCAAAUUAUGACUUCAACAAUGAGGUCCCAGAUUUUUGUUUGGAUGAUAAUUUGUUUGAAGAGGGUUGCAGUAUUGAUUCUCUGCUUGAUGAUAUGCACAGUGCUCCUAUUAUGAAUGAAAAGGAUUUUGAUGGAAAAAUGCAUCUUGAUGAGGAUUACUUUGAGACAGCAAUGCCUCAUGAGCUGAUGGCACCUAUGGUGGGAAUUGAAGUUAAGAAGGAGUUGGAUUUGGUGGAGAUGAUGUCUCAGGUUCAUAAUAAUAUUGAUGUGUAA